AUGAGUAGCCUACUAGGUCUUAACUAUUAUGACGACGAAGAUGAGGAACCACAAUCUGAUAAAGAAGGGGUCACGACGAAACAGCACGAUAACUUUGCAGAUAUUCCGACUGAAAACCAAAGCGAAGAUCAAGAAGAAGCAGGAAGAGGCUCUGAGCAAAAAAACGUAAGUGCAUCUAUAUCCCAAGACAUAGUAAACAAUGAUGUUGCAGAACGCAGACAACCGAAAGAAUCGCCAAAAAAAUCGCAACCUCAAACCCAACUCCCCCUGAAAUCGCUAACAUCCUCUCCUUCUGUGUUUUCCAACCUGGUUCGCCGAAAAAGUAAUAAUAUCACACCACAUAAACAACGUGAUGGAGAUCCGUCUCUACCAAAAUUAGGUGUAUCUCCCGGAAUAGAGAUUAAUGUUUCUUCGCCAUUAUCGGAUCAAUCAGGAAAACACGUUGGCAACAGUAAUCCGUCGAUACCGAUGGAAGUCGAGAUGUCACAGGAUAGACCAGAAGAUUCUCAACAAAAGAUCGUCAUGCGUCGAUUGCUAACACCAAAACCCAUCGAAGGUACUGAGAAUUGGGGAAUUCCACAGGAACCAGAGACCGAAUGUGAUCAGGUGUUACAGGGAAAAAUUGCUCACUUUCACCAAUUAAAGAGCAAAGGUAUCAUUUUCAACGAAAAUCUUUCAAAAAAUAAGGCUUUUCGUAAUCCACAUAUAUAUAAUAAGUUGGUAGAAUUUGUGGAGUUGGACGAGAUCGGUUCAAAUAUGGAUAGAGAAAUAUUCGACCCUUAUGGGUUUCCACCGGAUGCGUUUGCCGAUCAACUCGCGGAAGCGCAAAAGAGACAAGCAGAAGAACGACAACAGCAACAGCAACGAUCACAGAUACAAUUUGUAGGUUCAAGUUCUAAUAGUCAAGGAAUCUCCAAAGCUCGGCAUGUUAUGCAAAGUCUUGCAGCCCGAGCAGAAAAGGGCUCCUCAACAACUAGUGGUGUCACGUCUACUGCCUCUAUACCCACUUCUGCACCUUCACAACCUUCAUCUAACGUAAAUGAUGCAACAACGACCAAUCCAAAGACUACCAGCACAGGAACUUCCGGGAAAAAACGUGCCAGCAAAUGGGACGUGCCCGCGCCAAACGCAGUGCCCUCGUCUUCGUCAACGUCAAGUUCAGGUUCACGUCAUCGUAACAGUAGUCGCAGUAGGCAUGAUGUGAAACGGUCACGGACUUGA